AUGGAUUUCUACGGACUGACAGACCGCCUCGCCUUCCUCCUAACAUCCAUCCUCGACGAAGACAACGCGCCGCCACCGGAAUGCGCCUCGGCUCUUAGAAGCCACUGCGCGCUGCUGCUUUCCCUAUUGGAGGACGUCGAGCCGCUGGUAGACGCGUGGAGCGCGCAGCGGCAGCAGCUUCGCGGAAACAUCUUGCUUCAGUCGGCAUUGGACGAUUUGAGGGCCGUGCUGGAGGAAGCUUCCGGGUUGCUCUACUGGUGCUCAUUGGCGCGCAGCAAGGCGUACAUCGCGAUCAGCUCGGAAUGGGCAGCGCAGAAGUUUCAGGACCUGACCAUGCGACUGGGCGACGCUCUGCGCGACGCACACUCCGUCGUCGAGCCGUCGCCCGUGCAGCAGCCGCACUGGCACGGGCUGUCGCACGGGCAAGCUUCGGGGUGGCAGUUCCAGGUGCCGCACAUCCUCUCGAAGCUCUCGCGCGCGCAGUACCCCGUAGAGCCCUCCGCCGUCCGCUGCCGCGACACCAUCGCCUCGGUCGUUCCGCCCCCCCAUGCCUGCACCUGCGGUACGGCAACGGACUCAGGCUCGGUCGCUUCCAUGCCCGUCUCCGUGGGAUCCUCGUUUGAGUAUGCUCCGAUAGCACCUGCAGCGAUAGUUCGUUUCAAGAACCCUGCUUUGAUAGGAGCUGCCUUAUCUGUGGUCAAGAUUAUGCGAGAGGAGUGCCUGGGUAUCCCUUUCGCCGAACCUGCUCCCUCUCUUCCUGCCGAACCUGCUGUGGCUGGUUCGGAGCCAGGCCUGGGGAUCAUCUCUAGCUUCAGCCAAGGAGCCCUCCCGUCUGUUGCUGAAGUACCUGAGAUUUCACCUGAACAGGCACCUGAGGCAGCCAGCAGCGACGGAGAGGGAGGGAAAGCGGCUGCCACGAGCAAUGCGAUCUAUCUGUCUGGCCCCGCCAGGAGAGCCGCUGCGGCUGCUGCCAAGGCCAAGGCUGCCAACGCCCCGCCUCCUGCUCCUGCUGCUGCUCCUGCUCCUGCUCCUGCUGCUGCUCCUGCUCCUGCUCCUGCUCCUGCUCCUGCUCCUGCUCCUGCUCCUACUGCUGCCGCUGCAGCCGCUCCUGCUGUUGUUGCUGCUGUCGAUGCUGCUGCUGGAGCAGCAGGGGCAACAGAACCAGGGGCAACAGCACCAGAGGAGCUUGCAACCCCUGUUCCAUCCGCACCUCCUACCAAACCUGCUUCCAAACCUGCUCCCGAGCCUGUCACUCUGCCUACCUCAGCUGUUGCCCCCGGACCUGCUUCCCCAACCACCCCGUCCGGACCUGCACGCCGAGCCGCCGCCGCAGCUGCGGCAAGGCGGAAGAAGGAGCAGUUAGGGAAGGUCGAGAGUUGCGCUGGUGCUCCUGCGAGUGGGUGUCUGAAUGAGUUGGCUGGGUGCUUUGCUGGGGCUAAAGAGUAUGAAUGGAGUGAGAAAGAGGGAGGGGGAGGAGAAACGGGAAAAGGGGGAAGGGUGGGUGAAAAGGAGGUUGCAAGGGAGGGAGGCAACAGCAAAACACACCCUUUUCUGGGGCAGCAGCAGGAUGAGGAAAAGACGGGUGGAAAGGAACAGACGGAAAGGGCGUCGGAGAAAACACCUGAAAAAGCACCUGAGGAAACACCUAAGAAGCGGCAUCAGCAGGAGCGUGCAGGAGCCGGGACAAGGGAGAAAUACGCAGAAGCCAUUACUCCGAAGGCAAAAGAGGUGAAAGAGGUGGUGAUGGUGAUGGAAGUGGGCGAAGAUGAAGGAUUGGAGGAGAGGGAAGAGAGGGAGGGGGAAGGAGAAGGAGGGGAAGGAGAGAGAGAGUUGGAGUCUCAGGCGUUUGAGUCUGAACGGAAGGUGCAGCAGUGGUUAGAGCAGCAGCACCAGAAUGAGGGGGAGAUGAUACCGCAGCCAGAGCACCUGACACCUGACCACCUGCCAAAACACCUGGGGCUUGAGAACCAGCAGCAACAGCAACAGCAGCAGCAGCAGCAGCAGCAGCAGCAGCAGCAGCAGCCGCAGCCGCAGGAAAGGAAGCCUGCCGAGCUGGUUCGGAUGCUGCAGGGCUCCGAGCCUGCGCGGCUGCACGCAGCGGGGCGAAUCCGCGAGGUGGCACGGGGGGACGAGGACGCGCGGGAGCACUUGAGGCAGGCAGGGGUGCUGCGGCCGCUGCUGGACUGCGUUGCUGCUGCUGCUGGGCUGCCUGUGGGCGUGGAGGCGGUACUGCUGCAGAGCCAGGAGAAACAGGAGAAGCAGGAGGGACCGGGAGGAGGAGUAGGCAUGGGGGAUCCGCUCCCUCUUCCCCCUGGCGCUGCUGCUGCUGCCGGUCUUCCCUACUCUGCGUCUGCUGCUGGUCUUCCCUACUCUUCUUCUGCUGCUGGCCUUCCCUACUCUGCGUCUGCUGCCGGUCUUCCCUACUCUGCAUCUGCUGCUACAAGCUAUCCGUACCCUCCCCCCUCGCCUGCCAUGCCUGGCCUGCCCCUCACAGCACACCCCUGGGUGGCCCCUUCCCCCUCCCACCCUCCCAUCCGCUACUCCUCCUCUGCUCCUGGCUAUGGCAUCCCAGCCACUCCCUUUUCCGAGCGAGCAGGAUCCAUGCGAGCACCUUCCCCCACUCGAACCCCCUCUUUGUCUGCCGCCGCCGCCGCCGCUGCUGCGGCUGUUGCUGCCAAUGCUACUCCAAGGCACUUCUCAGCAGCUCACCCCGGCUUCCCUGCACUGCACCACCCGCACAUUCCCCACGCUCCCACCACCCCCUCUCGUUCUCACUCUUCUGCUCCUGCUCCUCCUCUAUCUGCCACCCCUUCUUUCAACUCCGCUCAUACCAACUGGGCUAUAGCAGAGACUGCUACUUUCGCUUUAGUCAACCUCACUCUCGAUCCAGUCAACUGCACUAUAGUCACCGAUCUCGGUGCCGCCCCAAUCCUCGUCCACAUCCUCCGUGCCGCCCCGACCGCCGUCCGGGACGCAGCAAUCGCAGCUCUCUUCGUCCUUUCCUCGUGCGACGCCGCCCGGCUGGACAUCGGCGCGGCCGGCGCGAUCCCGCUCCUCGUCUCCAUCCUACUGGACGAAAAGCCCCAGCGGCAGCCCUCGGCUUGUCCGGCCAACUCAGACCGAGCCAAAGAAGACGCCCUUCUCACUCUCCUCAACCUCUCCCACCUCACCUCCAACAAAUCAACCCUCCUUCUCUCCGGCACCCACCGCGCGCUAAUCCACAUUAUAACUCGCGCACCCGGCCACCGGCUGGCAGACAAGGCUCUCGCUACAAUGAGGCAGCUUGUAACGAGGCCGGAGGGGAGGGAGGCGGUGGUGCAGGCAGAAGGGGUGGGUGCACUGGCAAGGGCGUUGGAGCGAGGAUCGGAUAAGGGGAAGGAGGAAGCGACGGCGAUUCUGGUGGUUCUGUGGGAUAACAAUGGCGGGGGGCACAGGAAGGCGAUCAGGGAGAAGAAGAUUGGGAAGCUGCUGACGGCGGUGGCUCGGACAGGCUCGGAGCGUGGGCGAGCAAAGGCUCUUCAGCUGCUGAUUCACCUCGCAUGA